ACACGCGGUCGACAGUUCGGGCUUUGGCCGUAAGGUCACCGCUCUCGCCUCCAAUUACGAAGGUCCUGUGUGCGGGCAGUGCGAAGCAAGGCGGCUUACAGACGUAUGCUCAUUACGUAUGUGUGUGUUUGUCACUACAUAUCCAUUUUUUUGUUUUUUAUUUUUACAAUUUCAUGGCGCCCGUGAUGGGAGCGGAGGUGAGUAAGUUAACGAGCUAACGGACACCGAUACCCAUGAGUCCCGAUUCAGUAACAACAAAAAUCGCGAUUUUAAACGACUCGUUCGUGACUCGCACAUCUCAGAGCCAAUUCGCUAACAAAUAAAGAUAUGACAGUCCACUAUUUGUUUCACUUUACUUAUUGAAAUUUGUAUUGGCUUUUUGGCGUGUUCAGGUGUGAUUGAAGCAUUCUCCCUGCUCUCCUAUUAAACAUAGUACGUUGUCUUUCGUCAUCCAGGAACCAGAAGUCCAAACCGAAAGUAGCCAGCUAGCUAACCCACGGACAAACAACAAGACCGCUUUUAAAGAAUGUAUAUUUUAUCGAUAGGGCGUAAAUCUAACAGUAUACUUCAUGAAAACGGUGAUUUUAUAGCACAGUAACUAUAUUUCUGCUCAUUACAAAAACAGAACUUUUCAAUUUUUUGAGGUGUCGUUUUUUCAAAUCAAAUUCCCAAACUCGUCCAGCAGUUGACCAUCUAACGAGUCUGCAGGCAGAUAAAUUAAUAUUUGGAUGAUAUUUUUUUUCUAAUCUUCACCAUGAGCGCGCACCCGAGAGAGCCACAUGCGCGCUCCCGCCAGUGUGAGUUUGAAUGCGCCUGUGCGUGUUUGUGUGCGUGUGUGUAGUAGGGAGGAGAGCCGAGCAGGAAGGCAGGAGAGGGAUUCUAUCCAGAGAGGAGGAAGCAGAGCAUCGCCACGAGUGGACACGCUGAAUGAAGACUCCCGUCAAGGAAGACGAAGAAGGCUGAAGGAGACCGAGUGGUGGACGGCUGCCACACGGCUCAGAGGACGACUUUUCUGCGUGAGGCAACGUGCACGUGUCCUCUCACCGUGUGACCCGGCACAGAGGGGGCAGACCCUGAUGAUGGCGAGGAGGAGGAUGAUGGGCGGGGCUCGCUCGCUGAUGCUGGUCUUGCUGGGACACCUCGCCAGCGCUCUGGACGUCCCACUAGACCUGCCGCAGCCGCCCACCAUAACCCACCAGUCCCCCAAAGAUUACAUCAUCGACCCCCGGGAGAGCAUCGUCAUCCACUGUGAAGCAAAAGGGAAGCCCCAUCCCAGUUUCUCCUGGACCAGAAACGGAAGCCACUUUGAUGUGGAGCAGCACGCCAACGUGCACAUGAAGCCGCACUCGGGCACGCUGGUGGUGGACAUCAGCAGAGAGAGGGCGGAGCAUUACGAGGGCGUGUACCAGUGCACGGCCAGGAACAAGCACGGAACCGCCAUUUCCAACAACAUUGUGGUGCGACAGCCCAGGUCGCCCCUGUGGUCCAAAGAAAAGAUCAAGCCAAUCAUCAUCCAGGAGGGCGUGUCCUUGAAGUUGCCAUGUCGACCCCCUGCUGGCUUCCCCCCUCCCAUCGUCUUCUGGAUGGACAACAACUUCCAAAGGUUGCCUCAGAGCAACCGGGUGUCGCAGUCCCUGAACGGGGACCUGUACUUCUCCAACGUGCUGCGUGAGGACUCCCGCAACGACUACAUCUGCUACGCCCGCUUCCCGCACACGCAGACCAUCCAGCAGAAGCAGCCCAUCACCGUCAAGGUCCUCACCCUGGAUGCAAUCAAUGACACAAUGGCAGCUUUUUACAAUGACACUGAUUUAUUUCGUGAGGAGCCAGUAGAUGAGAGGAGGCCCACGUUUGUCGUCCCGUCCGUUCCCUCCAGCUCCAAGAUGGUGCUCCAUGGCCAGGUGCUGGAGAUGGAGUGCAUCGCAGAAGGACUGCCCACUCCUGACAUCUCCUGGGCCAAAGUGAGCGGCGAGCUCCCAGCCACGCGAGCGUCCUUCCUGCACUACCAGAAAACGCUGCGGGUGGUCAACGUGUCGGAAGCGGACGCGGGGGAAUAUCGCUGCACCGCCAGAAACCGGCACGGCACGGCGCACCACACCGUCCACGUCACCGUCAAAGCCGCUCCAUAUUGGCUCAGCAGUGCUCCCGAGAACCUGGUCCUGGCGCCAGGAGAGAACGGCGUGCUGACAUGCAGGGCCAGCGGUACACCCAAGCCCGACAUCCAGUGGGCCAUGAAUGGCAUCCCCGUAGAGAAUUCCCCGAAGGACCCGAGCCGUAAAGUGGAGGACGAUACCAUCAUCUUCAGUGACGUGCAGAUGGGAUCCAGCGCCGUGUACCAGUGUAACAUCUCCAAUGAACACGGGUACCUGCUGGCCAACGCCUUUGUCAACGUCCUAUCCGAGCCGCCCAGAGUGCUGACGCCGGCCAACACAGUCUACCAGGUCAUCAAGAACCACCCGGCCCUGAUGGACUGCACGUCCUUUGGCUCGCCUGUCCCCCGGAUCACAUGGUUCAAGGACAGCCGUUUCGGGACCCUCGAUGCUGAGACGCACAACGUGCACGACAACGGAACUUUAGAAAUCCACGUCGCUCAGGCCAGAAAUAGCGGGAAGUAUACCUGCGUGGCCCAAAACUCCCUCGGCAUUUACGAGAAUCACGUCCACCUGGAGGUCAAAGAAGCGACUCGCAUCCUGAAGCAGCCGGAGUACCGAGUGGUCCAGCGGGGCAGGUCGGUGGUGUUUGAGUGCAAAGUGAAGCAUGACCCGUCGCUGGUGCCCACCAUGACCUGGCUCAAAGACCAUGGAGAGCUGCCCGACGAUGAGAGCAGAUUCAUCGUCGACUCCGACAGCCUCACCAUUACCGGCGUGACGGAGGGCGACGCUGGCGUGUACACAUGCAUCAUGAACACAACUCUGGAUCACGACUCCGCCAGUGCCGAGCUCACUGUUGUUGAGGUCACCCCCACGCUGUCUGUUGUCAACGAGCGACCCGAACCUCCGACUGACCUCGAGCUGACCGACCAGAAAAAGAGGAGCGUUCAACUCACGUGGAUUCCCGGGGAUGAGCAUAACAGUCCUGUUCAAAAGUUUGUGAUCCAGUUCGAGGACACCCUCCAUCACCACCGAGGUCACUGGCACAAUCUGACGGAGGUGUCAGGAAGCAAGACCACAGCCCACCUCAAGCUGUCUCCUUACGUCCACUACACCUUCAGAGUCUUAGCCGUCAAUUCCAUGGGGGUCAGCCGGCCCAGUCUGCCCUCCAAGACGUACAAGACGGAGGCUGCAGCUCCAGAUGAGAAUCCAGCAGAUGUGCAUGGAUUUGGAACAGAACAUGACAAUCUUGUCAUCUCAUGGAAGCCUCUGUCAGGCCUGCAGGCCAACGGACCAGGACUGCACUAUCGAGUCAUGUGGAGGCAGAAGCUGCUGGACAGCGAGUGGACCGCUGUGACCGUAGCAAACAACUCCAAGUUUGUGGUGUCUGGAACACCUACGUUCGCUCCGUACGAGAUCAAAGUUCAAGCGGUGAAUGACUACGGCGCGGCACCUGAGCCUGCCGUUGCUCACGGCUACUCUGGUGAAGAUCUACCCGUUGCUGCUCCAGACUCGGUGCGGGCAUAUGUGUUGAACAGCACCCUGGCAGAGGUCCACUGGGAGCCUGUGCCUCCCAAACUGAUACGUGGAUACCUGAAAGGAUAUCAGGUGUACUACUGGAGAGAGCGCAGCCUCCACAAACAUAACGGCCAUCACACGGAGAAGCAGAUCCUGACCUUCAGCAGGAACCACAGCCACGCCAAGCUGCCUGGCCUGCACCCGUUUAGCCUCUACUCCUUCAACGUCAGGGUCUACAACGGCAAGGGGGAGGGGCCCCCGAGUGCCACCCAGCAGUUUGAGACGCCAGAAGGAGUUCCUGGAGCUCCUUCCUCCCUGACUGUCACCAACGCCAACGUGGACUCCCUGAGCCUGGACUGGAAGCCUCCUCGUGAGCGCAAUGGAGUCCUGAUGGGCUACACCCUCAAAUACCAGCCAGUCAAUAGCUCCAAUGAGCUGGGUCCAGAGGAGGAGCUGGCCCUGGCCGCCAAUGACACCUCGGUCACUUUGCUCAACCUCAAGUCCAGCACGCGCUACAAGUUUUACUUGAAUGCCAAAACGCACAUAGGGGCGGGCCCGGCCGUUACACAGGAAGCGGUCACCGUCACGGAUGAAGCCCCGGCGGCGAGUCCUUUCGGGAGCGUUAAUUCCUCCGUGGGCGAGGACGGGGCCCUGAUCACUUGGGAGUACCGGGGCCCGGAGAAAAGCAUUUCUUUAGAGUACAUAGCGGACAACAGUGAAGACCAGGUGUGGCAGAAAGAGGCGGUGAACGCCUCUCACAGCUUUGUGCUGAGGGGCCUCAAGGAGGGUGUCUCCUAUAGGGUGCGCUUGGUGGCCAAAGGUGCGGCCGACCGAGAGCCCCGCCGCUCUGAGGAGCUCACGGUGACGGUGCCAGCCGUGGCCAGCAGACAGGUGGACAUCGCCACGCAGGGUUGGUUCAUUGGCCUUAUGUGUGCCAUCGCCCUCCUCAUCCUCAUCCUCCUCAUCAUCUGCUUCAUCCAGAGGAACAAGGGAGGCAAAUAUCCAGUCAAAGAGAAGGAGGACGCUCACACAGAUCCAGAGUUCCAGCCCAUGAAGGAUGAGGACUGUACCUUUGGGGAAUACAGCGACAAUGAGGACCAUAAACCAUUAAAAGGGAGCCGCACGCCAUCGAGCGGGACGGUUAAGCGGGACGACAGUGACGACAGUUUAGUGGACUACGGGGAAGGAGGAGACGGACAGUUCAACGAGGACGGCUCCUUUAUCGGCCAGUAUAGCGGACAGAGUGCCAGCCGGGACGCCGCCGAGUGCCCCCAGAGCUCGGAGGCGCCGUCCCCGAUUAACCCCAUGAACUCCUUGAACUCUUUCGUGUGAGGCGCACACGCCCGACCGAGGACGGCCAUCUUGUCUUUGGGAACAAGAAAGGGCAAACUCCGAAACGAGAUUCAUUUCAUGAACACUCCAAUAACGCCUUCUUACUCCGUUCGAACAGUAAACAUGAGGUAUUACAUCACCACCAGGCAGUAGCUGGCACCAAAUAACCGCAACAACACAACACAAGCUUCCAAUCCACAGUAGUGUGCUGACAUCACAUGUUUGCUUCAACGUGAUUGGCUAAUAUUGUCAUAUUGACCACUUUUUACCAACACAAUCCAAACUGCAUUUGCUUAUUGAGUGGAAUGGAGCUCCCGAUACCGCAGAAAAAACACAAAGCAUCCACUUUUAUUACCUCCGAGACUCAGACUUCCUCGCUCGCUUGCUUCGUGAGCUAGCUAGCUAACUAGCUAGUUAUCGCUUGCUCUGUUGUAAAGCGACGUUAAUGCAAAUCCCACACAAGCACAAUGGACAACUUUCUUGGUUAGUCAGCUGGUUAGCUAGCACCACGCUAGUAGGAUUUGUGAGCUAGCUUUCCACAGAACCUCAUAACGGCGUUAUUUCACGCUCUACAUGGUAAGAGUUGGUGCGUGUUGGUUGGUUACUUAGUUAAGUAGUGAUUUAUCAGCUCGUCAGUUGGCAGGAUUAUGCAAAAACUACACAACCACUUGUGGGAAAACUUUAUAUCCUAUGUUUACUAUUUUUGGUAAAUCAUCAAAAUGUCAGGUAUCCGUUUGUAGCUUGGUUAGUUCACUGAAAGUGCGUUAAGUAGCAUGCUAGUUAGCUAGCCAUUUAUUAGUUGCUAGCUGAGCUACGCCAAAACUACAUUUAUUUUCCACAACAUGUAAAGUGACGUUACUGUUAAUCCCACAAAAGUGUAGAUGACUUUAUUGGUUAAUAAGCUGGUUAGCUAGCUAGCACAAGAUUUGUGAUCUAACUUUGCACAGAACUGUUUACUGCUCUCACUUUAUGUCCUACUUUUGCUAUUGUUUGGUAAAUCAUCAAAACCUCAGGCAUCAGUUUGUAGCUUGGUUAGUCCACUCGAAGUCAGUUAAAUCUAAAAGUGAGUUAGGGAGCAAGCUAGUUAGCUAGCCAUUUAUUAGUUGCUAGCAGGACUAUGCAAAAACAACACAUUUUUUUCCAAUAAAUGUUGUAAAGUGACGUGACUGCUAAUCCCAUAAAAGCGUCAUGGGUGGCUUUAGUGGUUUGUUUCUUAGUCAGUUAGCUAGCAAGCUAGCUGGGUAGCACAAUAGCUAAAAAUAUCACGCAAACACCUUACUAGAGAACCUUAGCGUGAGGACCUUUUCUCGCUAAUUGAGUGCCAACGUAAAAAGUACAAGGCAAGAGCUGGUGGUUUGGCUAGUUAGUUAUCAGCUAGUUGGUUAGCAGGGUUACAACAGUUUCUUGUAAAACCUUGGAGAGGAGCAUUCUUGGUUAACCUUGGCUAACCUUACUUUUACUAUUUUUGUCAAAUCAUCAAAACGCAAAACACGACUUUGUUGGUCGGUUAGCUAGUUAACCAAAGGUUUAUUCAAUGUAAAAGUUAGUUAGGCAGCGAGCUACUGUAGUUAGCAGCAUUACUCACAAACUCUUCCACAAAGCCAAAAGCAUAAUGUUUACCUAGUUAGCUUGCUAAUUCAUUUGCCCGUUAGCUAUGUCGACCUGCACUUGGAAAGCUAGCUCACGUUUCAACCAAACCGAGGAGGAAGCUGUUACGUUUUGGCUAGCAGAGUGUAGCCUUUCUCGCUUACCCAGCAAAAAUAAGGCACUUGAUGAUUUUUAUUGAACUUUUGAUGGCCUUUUUGUCGUCACUGAAACAACAAAGCGAGACGUUAGCAUACUACUGUAGUACGCGGCGUACGUAACGCAAUGGGAGCAUGCUAGAGAUGCUAAGUAUAGACGCUGCAUGGCAUGUCAUGUGCCCCCCCUUCCCACCUGCAUGUGAUCUGUGCUGAUGGAGCUUGAUUGGAAUGACUGGGUGAGCCUUCAUUUCACACACGACACCCCAUCUUCACAUUAGACAAGCUCGGACUGAAUAAUUCCUUCCAAAGUCCGACAUGAUGAAACAAAACCGAAAAUCAAGUCAAAUGACUCCGCCCAACAGACUUGUAAAGGGUGUGGGGGAAAAGGAAGGUUUUUGUGGUGCGAUACUGGCCCCCGGUGGUCUUUUGUAGGUAUGCAAUCCCUCACUUCUUCAUGCUUUUACAAAAGUACAUGAAGGCAUCAUUGAUGACGGACGCAUUUUUACGCCACUUUGGAUGCUAAUGAAGUGACGAUGUCGUGUAGUAAUCCACACUGGCCACUAGGUGUCAGUAACGUUACACCGAUGAGACCACAGCCACCACAGGAAGUACUGUGCAGAGACAGGAAGUAAAAACAACAACAAGAAGGAACUCUCCCACUGCUAACGUGUGAGUCUUAUUUUUGUCUUAUUUUCUCUUAUUGUUUCUACUAUAUUGGGUAAUAGGAGUGUAAAGGUGACUAUAGGGGUGUUAUUUCAUGUCUCGAGGGCUCUAAUCAUGUUAAAAUGCGUAUUUAGAAGGUUGUAAACGGGUUUUCUACCAAAAAUCUUCCAUUUCUAGAUAAGGAAUGCUACCUUGCAAAAGUUCUCUUCUCACGGGGGGGGGUAAGAGGCGCCAUAAAGGAGGGGUCACUGUGCUGCUUUUAAACAAUAGCAUCUUGGACUCCAACUCGUAGGACAUUUGCAGCUUUCACGGUGCUUUGUGGUUAGCGGGAUAGUGCGUGAAGCCAGCAAACUCAUUUUUGGUGCGCUUUCGGAAGAGGCGGAGCAUCCGUUUUGGUGCAAAUCUGGCUAAAGGUGCCGAUCCAGUAUUGUGUUGGCGCAAGCACAAAGCAGGCUGUGCUUGAUGAAAGGCUGACAGGAAGGUUGCACACCCAGCAGGCGUUAUUAGCCUUCUCUUUGGAGGGAAAUCAUUCCUUGAAGCGGCGCUCAUGAAACGUGUGGGAUGAUGAGCGCUGCCAUCGUGUGUCCCUGAUGUCCCUGAUGUCCAUGAUGCAUUCACUGCUGCUUUCCAAGACACUCGUAACUUGCCAAGCGCUUUGGCCUUGGCGGAGGUCCCGCUUUGCGAUACAUGCGACUGCUCUGCAUUACUUAUAAAAGCCUGCGCGGCCCAGCCUGGACGGAAGCGCCGCACGCAGGAUGAGUGACCGGUACUAACGACACCUUUAACGGGAUGAGCUUUGUUUGUUUUUGCUUAACUUGCAUCAAGUUUGACUUGUUCUUUUUUUGCAUAAUAAAGUCUUUGGGGAUUGGGGCAAAUAUUCUGGAGGGGCUGGACAGACAGCCCCCCCCCCCCGUGGGUGUGCAUGCUGCAACGUGCUCAUAGCACCAUGAUGACAGCGUCCUGUACAGUACAGAGAUGAUCUUCUUCUUCUUCUGUCUUUAGAAACACGAACUUCCUGUCUUGCUGUGCAUCGUGUACACAAGUUGGAUGUGAGACAAACCCUUUCUAUAUUUCACAUUCUAUAUUUCACAUUCUUUUCUAUUUAGGAUGCACGUUUGGACUAACAACAAAACCUCAGCGUGUUCUUUCUUUUCAUGCACGAAUGGAAUCAAACUCCAAGAAUAAACAAGCUUUCAUCUGC